CUGGGUUGAGAGACAGCCCUUAGUUUGUAGGUAUGGCAUUUGGUUCCAGACCACUGUGAAGGGCAGGGGGAGCAGACCCCAGAGUCAUCCCCAAGACCCUGAACUUUGCUUCUGUUGAGCGCUGUUUGCUGCCAGAGCCUGGAGCAAAGCCGAUCCACAGCAGUCCCCAGGGCUCAGGAGAGGGGUCUGCAAAACCACCGUGGCACUCAGUGGUGCCUGGCUGCUGUUUCUGUGGGGUUGCCCUGCCAGUGGUGUAUUUCCAGCCACCCGUUCUGCUGCAUUCGUCCUGACAGUCCGUGUGGCAUGGGGGUGGCAGCAGGAAAUCUGCAGGUGGCAGAGGACAGGGAGCUAGCCUGUGCCUUGCCAGGACCCUCAGUCCUCAGUCACUUUGCUUUGGGGUAGUUUAGGAAAGCAGGACAGAUUUGUGGACUCCUGGCAUAUCCUCUCGUGGUGGUGGCACUGUGAUUCCCUGCUUAUGCCAGGAGCAGUGGGAUACCCUUCCUGAUCCCUGCUGUGGGCUGGAGGGAGGCAUGUGAGUCCCAUCUUUCUGAUCAAUGAUCAAUAGAUGUUGUGGAAUGCCUGAGGUUUUCCUGACUUUGCUUUGGGAGAUGCAGAGACUUACUAGCUCUGGGAAUCACUGCAUGUAUCUGUAUCUGCCGCACUGCAGCUUUGUUGUUACACAAGAUUUAUCUCUUCCCUGGGGCUGCUGCCCCGGGCAGACACUGUAUUGCCCUGCCUGGGCCAGCACUGUGGCCAGUAGUAAUUUCUGUGCCAGGAUUUUGUCCUUGUGUGUUGGGGAAAAACUCUGGGGCUGCCCUGGGAGUUUGGAUCCAACAGCUGGGCUCUGGGACUGGCCGCCCUUUAAAUAGUAUGUCCCUCCUUGUGAGGAACAGAGCUGUGUGUACUGAACGAGGGGACCACCACUGGGUCUGAUAAUGGCAAUCUGCAAAAGCAACCGUGGUCUGAGUACCUAAACCGCCAGCACACCCUGGCUGAGGCCCCCGCUGCUUGGCUUCAUGCAUGUCACUCUGGAAAGGAAGCUCAGAGAGAGAGAAGAAACUCUCCAACUCCUUCCCAGCCUGCAUCGCUAGUGCUGCUGGUGGGCCCAAAAUAGAAACUGUGUGGCCAGCCUCUCCCCCAGCCCCUGCUCAGCCUCGGCCCCAGCAGCAUGAGUGACGGUGGCGGCUCACUGCGUUUCAGCCCUGGUUAAUUCAUGGCUCAAGGCUGUCAGUCUUGCUGUUCGGCUCCUCUGCCAAACGCAGCAACAGAUUGUUUACAUCAGUGCUGUCAGGUUUCUUGAUUGCCGGGAGGCAGAUUAUUUACUGUAGUGGCAUAUAAACUUCAUAACAUUAUGAUGGUGGAAAGUUGUCAAGGGAUAUAAAUGCCCAGAGUCAGCCCAGGAGGCUCCAAGGAGAUGGUUUUGGUUUAAAUUAAGAUAAAACACUGUCUUCCAUGGAUUUUGGGAAGGAAAUCACAUUGUUGUAAUGGGAACUUUACUCUGAGUGUUAGGGCUGGCAAACUCUUCACUUUAUGAAGUCUCUGUGGAGGAUCUGAGCUACUCUGGCAGAUGUGCCUUAAAACAGAUCUCACAUUUGCCCUGAGAAGGUGGUGAAAAAAAGGAGAUGGCACCAUGGCAUCAUGCAGAGCUGGGAGUGAGGUGGGAUGGAGCUGCCAUGAGAAGGGUGUUGGGAAAAUGCUAGGAAGUGUAUAAAAAGUCUCAGUCCCUUCUGCUCCCAGCCCCCGUUCUUCUCAGAAAACCAAUUGUGAGCAUUUUCUUGUGGCGGGCCAGGCAUGAAGGUGGGAUGGCUUUUGUCUUGCUUUGUUUGAGGCAUGGCUAGGCAGUGUCCUUCCACCUGGCUCUGCCACUUGGAGAAGCCUACUGUGACAAACUGCCAAACUGUGGUGUUUCAUUUCUUUGCCUUGCUACAGUUGUUCCGGAGGCAGCUGCUGGUCCUUGGUGUUGCAUCUGUCACGCUAACUUGCUCACUCAAAGAAAGCAUCUUAGAAGUUGUAUCUCCUCCCUGUGGUGUUCCCAGCUCCUGACUGGCUGUGAGUUGUACUCUUGCUCAGCCCGGUACAAGAUGGAUACAGAAAGCCUACACUGAUGUAGCUGCCUGUCCCUUGUGAAGCAAUGCUGUCCUGGGACCUCCAGGUUGGCCACCCAGAGUGCCCAGUGACACUGACUGUCUUCUGAGCAAGUUGUCAAACAUGUUAGAUGUGCCAGGGGUGCCUUGCUGUCAUGCCCGUGCCCAGUAGCCCUGACAGGACCUCUAUGCAUCAUGUGCAGGGACCUCAGGGACCACAGGGCUGGGAGGAAGUCCUCUGCAGCUGCAUGCAUCUGACCACCAGCUGGUUUCUAAGCACUUGCCUUGCUUUCUCACUAGCAGAGAGGUCUGAAUUCAUCUUGAUCAGGCCCAGGACUCACUGAGAGAUGAGCUGAAAUCUCUGAGUACCCUGCUAGGAUCAGAAACUGGCUUCUGCAGCUUGGAGGAGCAACCUUACAGUUGCAGCAGUAAUCCCCUCCUCUGCAGGGUGACAGUGCAACUGAGGAUGUCCUUAUCCUUGUUCUGGGAAUACCAUGCUCCUGCAGCUCAGAAGCCUGGAAGUGGCCCAUAUAGGUGGUGGCACUUGUAGUAGGUCAAAUGUAUGAAUCCUAAAAUAGAUGAGUAUAGCCCAUGGUUCACUCCUCACGGUGCUUUGAAAGGCUCAUGGCUUGGAUGGAGCCUCCUGUCCCUGCUGGGGGGAGCCCCCAUCUCCUUGCUCAUACUGGACUCAGUGUGGGGGAGCUCCUGACUCUGUUUUAUUUGUGUGAUGGUAGGAGAGAUGACAGCUGGAAUGGAAAUUCUGAGUAGAAGCAAAGUGCACAGUAUGAGAACUUGCUGAUUACUGCACACCUCACUGCAACCAAAGCCUGAGGGCUGCACUGCAUCUUGACCAGCAUUUUCCCUUCCCCAUCUGGCACAGGGGCACCUUCCUCAGCAGACCUCAUCUGUGCAGGUUGCUCUUGUAAGGUCAGAGAAGCCUGGCUGGGGAGCCCCAGGGAGAGGAGAGGUCGGUGAUGAUGCAUGGGAAGCAGGACGGGAGAGCGGGAACAGGAUCUCAGCAGGGGUGGUGUAAGGACAGUAGCGCACAUGGGAAGAUUGACUGUCAGAGCACUGAAAGGGCAUUGUGGGUUUUGCAAGCUUGUGAUGGAAACAGAGGCUGAAGGCAACCAGCGGUGUGCCAGCAGGGUGGGAAUGAGCAGCAGCUUUCUGGAUGGGCUUCUGGGUCCCUCAGUCCCUCCAGUGCCCUGGCAGGGAGGAGGCAGGGAGGCAGAAGCCCAGGAGAUCUUGCUGUCACACAGGAGUGGCUUUUAAUAACACACUUUCCUGUUGGCUGAUCUGCAUGAGUCAAGUGUCUCUGCCAGGAGAAGACAGCUUGUAAACUGAAGUGGGAUUCUGCUCACACUCUGCCAGCUCUAGUGCCACAGCAGCUCCCAGCACCCACAGCUAGCCAGGACACAGGAACCCAGCCAGCUGCCAUCAGGACAGGUACUCGUCAUGGAACAGGGCGAAGCUCUCGGACUUGUUUCCCUGGUAGUCCCGUGGUUGGAAAAAAUGCUUUCCAGUUGACUAACUGGAGGUUUGCUGAAAGGUCAAGAGGAGCUGAUGGUGUUAUUAUGUCCAGACUUCUCUGUGGCUCAAGGCUUGUGCAUUUAGUACCAGCAACAUCCUGCAAUAGGGUCCUGUUGCCUCCUUUGGUGCCAGGAGAGGGGUGCCAGAUUUGUCGCUGUAUGAAGGUAACCUGAGAUCUCUCUUGCUUCUGGGCACUGGCAGGAAUAGACCAGGCUGCUGGAGGGACAAAGGGAAUAAUAAUGUGGAGGAAGGGCCAAGAGGGUGUAUGGCACAGGAUCCCUCUGCCUAUCACAGAGAGCCUCUUAAGUAUAGUACAUGGGAGUUUGCUCAAGGCUUGUGAAGCAAACCAGAAUAGUGGAGCUGAAUAUCCAGAUUCUGUUUGUGAUGUGGGCAAAGAUUAUGUCAUGGGGACACUGCAUGUUUAGCCCUAAGAGUCAGCCUGUCUGGUUUUGGAACCACCAUCACCAAAUGAGGGAUAGCUGCUGGAUAUCUGUAGAGAUGUCUCCAUAAGAGCUGUUCACAAGCUCUGUGUCCACUGCAGUUACAAGAUGCAAGUUUUUCCUCUUCGAUCCCUGCUGUGCUUUCCAAGGGUGUUUAGAUCUUGGUGGGACAUGUUCCUGCUUCAGCAGCAUCUCUGCACUGAGGCCAGGCAGGGUGUGUAGGAUGCUUUGAGGAGUCUGGUAGUAGAAAACACCCCACCUUUCAAGAGCUCUGAUUGCAGAUCAUGAGCAGACCAGAGCUGCUGUCUCCUUCCUUAUUCACAGAAGAGAUUGAAAUGACAGUGUGUAUCUGCUCAUAAGUAGAGUUGAUAUCCGAGUACAUGCCGCAGUACUUCCUUACUUUGCACCCUGCAAAUGCCAGGCUGCCUUGAUCCAGCCUCCUUACUUAACUGAGCCAAGCAAUGUGCUCUACAGAGCAGCCACAGGUGCUGGCUCCUCUCCAUCUUUUUUCAGUGACAAACAAUGGAGAUGCCAGAAAUGUGCUGGUGUUAGGAGCGGGGCUUCCAAGGCUUAGCUCUUUUCAGGCUCCUCUCUGCCUAUUGCAUGGUUCCCCAGCUGCUCUGCAUGCAGCUCUGCUAAUGCAUAUGAACCAUGGGUAGCCCCAGCAGUUUGUCCAUCUGCUCCACCAGCAGCAGCUCUCACACCUGAAAUACACCAUUUGGAGCUCAGGUUGGAAGUGAGAUGCAAGAGGUGGGGAUAUGUACACCCAGCAUAUCUGAGCUGCCACAUGCUGCUGUCGUGGGCUGUCAGAUGGCAAUCUUGUAAUAACCUUCACCACGGGUGGUCAGAGCUUGAUUCCUUGUGCCAUUUACAGACAGCCCUGAAAAUAAAAAGGUCCGCAGUCAGCUAGUGCUCCAACUUAAAUGUCAAACCAAGGUUGUUGUAGCAGAUUUCCUCACGAGACUGGUGCAAAAAGGAAGGAAGCUGUGUUAAGAGAUCUUCCUGCCCACAGCAGCAACACAGUAAGCGGUGAAGCAGCUUUGUGCUGGUGGAAUAUCUGGGGUAGGAGGAAACAGCCAUUCAGCUCAUUUGAGGUGCCUUUGGUCAGUAUGUCUCCCCCAAGAGCUAAAACUGGCCAAAAAGGGUCUGUUGCAAUGUGCCACAUCCUUUUGUUCUUGCUUGUGUUUUUUAAUAUGUUUUAUUUGUUCAGACAGUUUUUAAUACCUGUUGGUGAUGAUGCUCAUUGGCAGCCCUCUGAACAUGAUCCAGUGUGUGCCAAGUGGCCGCGAAGGCCAGCAGUAUCCUGGCCUAUCAGUAAGUGUGGCCAGAAGGACUGGAAAGUGACUGUUUGCCUGUACUCAGCACUGGUGAGGCCACACCUCGAGUGCUGUGUCCUGUUUUGGGCCCUCCUCCUGUCACUGAGGUGCUGGAGCACAUCCAGAGGACAGUGCAGCUGGUGAAGGGUCUAUGGAACAAGUCUUAGGAGGAACAGCUGAAGAAGCUGGGGCUCCUGGGAGACCUUACUGAACUCUGUAACUGCCUGAGAGGAGGUUGUAGCAAGGUGUGGGGCCAGUCUCUUCUCCCAGGUAACAAGUGAUAGAACAAGAGGAAAUGGCUUCCAAGUGUACAGGGAAAGUUGACAUUCUCUGAUUCUGUGCUGUUUACUGUGCAUCAUCUUGCAGAUAAUAUGGAGAGGGUACAUGAAUGGAGCACUGCAGUGUUGGGAACAGGCUGGAAGCAAGGUCAUCAGCAAAAUGCUGAUGCCCUCUGCAAAGCUGCAUGGGCCUUGGCUGGAUUGAACCUUCUGGUGACCAAGUACCUGCCUGCAUUGCUUGCAGUGGUAGGACUUGAGAAAUACUUCUGAGGAGGUGAUGCUUUGGCUUUGCUUUCAGUUCAGCCAGGCUUUAGCUGACCUGAUGCUGCGCUCUGGAGGCCAUUGCCUUCCUUCUUUCCUUCCUGCCUCCCUCCCUCCCUCCCUUCCUCACUCAUCACUCCUUCCCCUACAUUAGUGAAUGCAGGCAUGGUGAUAAGCCUAUAGCAACUGAAGAGCUGGCUUCCUUGUCUGCAAGGAUGGAGGAGACCAAACCAAGCCUUGUCUUCUCCAAAAGUACAAACUCACUUUUGUACUCAUCUAUUAAAAAGAGGUACAGCCCAAUGGGCUGCUUGUGCUACAAGUACUAUCAAAAACUCCAUUUUGUCCAGAAGAUAAAAUCUAUGUCCCAUCUUACAUGCAUUUCCCAAAUAAACAGGGAAGAAACUUCUAAUAAAUUCACCUGUUUGUGUGGGCCUUGGGUCAUUGGAAGUUUGGGCCAGAGUGAUCUCCUGAAGGUUCCCUGAUAUUACUGACCCAUAAGAAUGUAAAAGAGCAUGGGAAGAGAGGAAGAUAGAGGAAGGGGAGGAGACGUCAGUCUGCGUGGUGAGCAGCAUGCUCAUGCCCUCGUGGUGGGUAGAGGAGAUGCCUUGCACAGCAUGGAAAUCCUUGAGAGUGGUGAUGGUGGUGGUGGCUUGUGUGUGCUUGCAGGCUGCCAUGAUCGAGUCCCCUGCCUUGGGAGCAAUUGAAGAGAAGUUUGCUUCUACCAAACUGUGGGUUUUGGUGGAUUUUUUCAAGUUGGCCUUGAAUAAAUCCUCUAGCAGCUGAAGAGAAGUGGCAGCUGGAGGGUGGGAAAUGAAGCACUGUCUCUGGAGGAGGGGAGCACUGGAGCUAGCCAGACUCAGCUCCUUCCACUCAGGCCUUUGUGUGCUCAGCCACUGCCACUGGAAGUGUUGCAGCAUCUUCCACCCAUGGCUUUCAAUAGACUGCUGCAAUGUCCAGGCAGCCUGGCAAGCUUUGGGAGCUGGGCAGGGAAAGCAUGAGCUUUCCAUAAAGCUCUUUCUCCCAUGAGAGGGAAGUUUUACUUAGGACAGAUGGGAUGAUCUUCCUAACUCUCCUCUACACUGCUCCUGCCUCUCCCAGCUUCCAGCUCUCCCAGACCUCUUCUACCAAAUUUUCCUGCCCUGGUUUUACUGGCCUGGUUGAUUUUCUUCUGUAGGACUCACAAGGGCUUAAUUUCAAUUUGCUACAAAUUUGGUUGGACUGAUACCUAUGGUUCCUAUAUGGAAACCAGAUGGAUCAGCAUCAGGAGAGUGGUAGGGGUACUGGAGGUGCCAGGGGUGAUCGGCACCUUGGGGUGCACAGGGGUUCUGCUUGGUAGAGUGCAGGGAGUGCAGAGGGUCCUGGCUAGGUGGUGACACCUGCCCUGCCAUUGCAGCCCUCUGGGCUGAGCUGUGAGACUUGUGGAGCAGUAAAGCUGUGGGGAGCAACACUACCACACGCCUCAGGUAGCAUUGCCAUGUCUCCCACUCCCUGCUUCAGCCCUCUAUCCCUUGCUUCCCACUGUCCCCUUGCCCUGACAGCCACAGUGUGGCCUGGGACUUGUAGGGGAGCCUACUAAAUUCCUGGUCUCUGUGUUAACAGCCCCCGUCCGGAUGCAAUGGAAACCUUUUUUAGGCGGCACUUUGGGCGGAAGGGGCAGCGGCGCGGCAGCGUGGUGGCUGUGCCCACGGGCAAGGCCAGGCGUCGCUCCCAGGUGGGGCUGCCCUCCGCCUCGCUGGCCCAGUGCCGCCGCGGCUCAGGCACGCCAGCGGCAUCCCUCUCCUGCCUGGGCUUGGUCCGGCGUCCCGGCACGCGUCGGCGCUCCAGCACCACACCGCCCUGCCUCAGCCCCAGGUUUGCCGUGCAGAAGAAGCGCGGAGGCCAGGCACAAGCCAUUGAUGCCCAGCUGCUGGGUCCCACUGUCCUCCUGGCCAGCCUCGUUCCCACGGGAGAGGAGGGGGACGGGGCUCACCGCACUGACAGCUCCACAUCGGAGUCUCCAGAGGACGGUGGUGCAGCAGCAGGAGCUGAGCAGGGCCAGCAUGGGCAUAGUGCUGAGGAGACGUGGCUGGCCAUGCUGCCCCAGCCGCGGCCGCUCCAGGCGGGGCUGCUGUCGCGGGGCCCCCGCUGCCUGCGGCGCGCCUCCUCCCACCGCCUGCCCGCCGAGGCCCUGCACGGCCGCGCUGCCCACGGCCUGCCGGGCCGCUACCGCCGCCUCAGCCAGCGCCGGCGCUCCAGCGAUGCCCGUCAGCCUGGGCUGCUCCCCUCUGGCCACCCACGGCUGCUGGCCCAGCACUGUGCGCGAGUGGCUGGAACCAAGUGCCCCUCUGCCACCCUUGGCAAGGGUUUGGGACCGGAGCCCACCUGCCACACCACCCCGGACGGCUGGAGCCCCCGCCUGCUGAAAGCUAUUGCCAAAUCCAGUCUCCAACACAUGGUAGCCCAGCCAAACCCGGCACUGGCCAUGAGGAGCGACUCGGAGAGGCAGAUACGCAGCACUGUGGAUUGGAGCGAAGCUGCGGUCUAUGGGGAGCACAUCUGGUUUGAGACCAAUGUCUCUGGGGACUUCUGCUACGUUGGGGAACAGAACUGCAUGGCAAAGCUUCUGCAAAAACCUCUCUCCAGACGCAAGUGUGCAGCCUGCAAGAUCGUAGUGCAUACGCCCUGCAUCGAGCAGCUGGAAAAAAUAAAUUUCCGCUGCAAGCCUUCCUUCAGGGAGUCAGGAUCCCGGAACAUACGGGAGCCCAUUGUUGUCCGACAUCACUGGGUGCACCGGAGGCGGCAGGAAGGGAAAUGCCGGCAGUGUGGCAAGGGUUUUCAGCAGAAGUUUGCCUUCCACAGCAAAGAGAUUGUAGCCAUCAGCUGUUCCUGGUGCAAACAAGCGUAUCACAGCAAAGUAUCAUGUUUCAUGCUGCAACACAUUGAAGAGCCCUGCUCACUAGGGGCUCACGCUGCUGUUGUCGUUCCUCCCACCUGGAUUCUGCGGGUCCGGCGGCCCCAGAAUCCAUUGAAAUCUAGUAAGAAGAAGAAGAGGACAUCAUUCAAGCGGAAAUCCAGCAAAAAGGGGGCCGAGGAAGGGAGGUGGAAACCCUUUGUCAUCAAGCCCAUGCCAGCUCCUCUCAUGAAGCCCUUGCUGGUGUUUGUGAACCCCAAGAGCGGUGGGAAUCAGGGAGCCAAGAUCAUCCAGUCCUUCAUGUGGUAUCUCAACCCACGGCAAGUUUUCGACCUCAGCCAGGGUGGACCCAAGGAGGCGCUGGAGCUGUACCGCAAAGUCCACAACCUCCGGAUCCUGGCGUGCGGGGGAGACGGCACGGUGGGCUGGAUACUCUCCAUUCUGGACCAGUUACGCAUCAACCCACCUCCUCCUGUGGCCAUCCUACCUUUGGGGACAGGGAACGACUUGGCCAGAACACUGAACUGGGGUGGGGGUUACACAGAUGAGCCUCUGUCCAAGAUCCUGUCGCAUGUAGAAGAUGGGAACAUAGUACAGCUCGAUCGCUGGAACCUCCGUGUGGAGCCAAACCCUGACACAAACCCUGAGGAAAAGGAUGAGGCAGCUGCUGACAAGCUUCCUUUGGAUGUCUUUAAUAACUACUUCAGCCUUGGCUUUGACGCACGGGUGACGCUGGAGUUCCAUGAAUCCCGAGAGGCCAACCCAGAGAAGUUCAACAGCCGGUUUCGGAAUAAAAUGUUCUAUGCUGGGACGGCCUUCUCCGACUUCCUCACCGGGAGCUCCAAAGACUUGGCGAAGCAUGUCAGGCUGGUUUGUGAUGGGAUAGACCUGACCUCCAAGAUUCAGGACCUGAAGCCCCAGUGCCUGGUCUUCCUUAACAUCCCAAGGUACUGUGCAGGCACCAUGCCCUGGGGCAACCCUGGGGAGCACCAUGACUUCGAGCCCCAGCGCCAUGAUGAUGGUUGCAUUGAAGUUAUCGGCUUCACCAUGACAUCACUGGCUGCCUUGCAAGUCGGUGGCCAUGGAGAGCGGCUGUGUCAGUGCCGGCAGGUGGUUCUCACCACAUCCAAGGCCAUCCCCAUGCAGGUAGAUGGAGAGCCCUGCAAGCUGGCAGCUUCCUGCAUCCACAUCUCUCUGCGCAACCAAGCCAACAUGGUGCAGAAGACCAAGCGGCGUAACUCCAUGCCUCUGCUCAAUGACCAGCAGCCAGUGCCCGAGCGGCUGCGGAUCCGGGUGAGCCGAAUCAGCAUGCGCGACUAUGAGGCACUGAACUACGACAAGGAAAAGCUCAAGGAAGCCUCUGUGCCACUGGGGAUCAUCGUGGUUCCAGGAGACAGUGACCUGGAGUUGUGCCGGACCCAGAUUGAGAAGCUGCAGGAGGAUUUCCCUGCACAGCCCUCUGCUUUAGAGCGCCUGCUCUUCCAGGAGGGAGAUGGAGCCAAGCCAAAGACACUGUCAUUCCAGAAGUUGUCACCCAAGUGGUGCUUCCUGGACUCAACCACGGCCGAUCGGUUCUACAGGAUAGACCGUGCACAGGAACACCUCAACUAUGUGACAGAGAUCUCUCAGGAUGAGCUCUAUGUGCUGGACCCAGAGCUAGUGGUCACUCAGACUGUGAGCACUUCUCCUGCCAUGCCUGACCUCGUGGAUUCAUCUGCCACACCCCCUGGGCACCAUUUUGCAUUUCCUUCCUGUUCUUCCUCUCCACCCUCCUCUCCUGCCCCCAGCGCUGAGCCUGAGCGUGGCCUCCCACAUAAAGAUGACCUUCUGAUAGAAGCUGCCAAGAGUGGCAACUUCAGCAAGUUCCAAGAGCUGCAUCAAGCUGGAAGAGACCUGAUGGUGCGAGAUUCCUCGGGCCAGACUGUCCUCCACCAUGCUGUCAAAUCGGGAAGCAAGGACAUCGUCAAAUACAUCAUCGAGAAUGCUCCUUCAGAAAUCCUUGAUGCCACAGAGGAGGAGAACGGUGAGACCAGCUUGCACCAGGCUGCAGCCUUACGCCAGCGCACUAUCUGCCACUACAUCGUGGAGGCCGGGGCCUCGCUCAUGAAGACAGAUCUGCAGGGAGACACCCCGAAGCACCGUGCUGAGAAAGCCAAUGACCCUGACUUAGCUGCCUACCUCGAGAACCUACAGCACUACCAGAUGAUCCAGCGGGAGGACCAGGAGACAGCUGUGUAGUGCUUGGCGUGCCUUAGCCCGAGCCAGCUCAUGCAGGAUGAGAAGAGUACAAUGCCAACUGGCAGAGCUGUAUCUGGCCCAACCCUCCCCAGAUGCCAGCCUGGUCCCUGGAGAUGGAUACAGAAGAGCUCUGCCCAGGCUGGGCUGGAACUCUGUUUAUGAGGACAAUGGAUAUUUCAGACUUGAAGCCUGAUUCUUUGUGUGUCCACCCCUUCACCUGUAUUUCACCACAUUCCCUGCCCUAGAUGGGCUCUAUCCCCCAGCCAUGUUGGAGCAGGCCAGGCUGAAGCCCCCAGUCACCCUUGUUCUUGGGAGUAAUGCCAGUGCCCCCUCCACAGGCUCCUACCUAUAAUCCUUAUGGGAUAUCAUUGCUCAGCCCCUCUCUCUGCUGGCAGUGCCCCUCUUUUAGGUGCUUGGCUAGGUUUGUGUCCUGUUCCUCCUCUCCUGUCUGGCACAGCUGUGGGAGGCACAGGCUGCAUGGACAGACUGCAGAGGCUGUGAGCUGCACUCUGCCCCAAAGGAAGCACCACAGCUUACUGGCGCUGCCUUCUCCUUCCUCCUGGGGCUGCACCAGGUCUCUGUGUUGCCCUACCCAGAGCUUUCCGCAGCAGGAGGGAAGUCACUUGUGCAUCCAGCCUUUGCUCAGAGCACCUGGGUCUGGUGCAGCUGGAAGUAGGGCAGCAGGUGCUCUCCUGAUGGGCCUUUAGUGCUUAGUUAGCAGUCUGACUCAGGGCUGGGAUGGCAAGGAGGAAGCCUACCAAACUCUCCCACCACGCUUCUCUCCACGGGGCUGGGUGGAACAGUUUGCACACCCGCUCUACUGAGCAUCUCUUUGUGAGCCCUGCAGGAUGGUGGAGAGCUGCACUCAGCUGGUGGCAGUGGCAGCAGUGAUGCCUGUUGUAUUUCCCAAAUGCUGAGUUUGAUUCAGCUGCCCUCCUUGCUUCAGUUUCCCCCUCAAUGCUAGACUUUGCACGGGGCUGGACGGGCAGUGCUGGGGUCAGUGCUGCUCUCAGGGAUCCCCUCCUGCCCCCCAACCUGGCAACAUGCAUCCUCUUAGGCUGACUCCUGCUACUCCCCAAACUGGGUGCAGGGUGUUGCAGGGUGCUCACCCAGCUGAGACACAACCCACCUGGGCAGGCCAUGAACUCACCCUCCAGUUUUAGUAGAAAGAGGGAUUUGGAUUCCCAGGAACCAUUGGGGCUCGUAGCCCUGAGUCAUGCCUGCAGUGGGAUGGAGUUUCACCAACUGCCUGCAGUGGGCAUGAGGCACCACAAUCCAUCUCCCCUGUUGAUGCUGUGAGUGCUUAAUGCCAAGACAUCAAGCCAGGCCUUAAGCAAGGCUUUUGCAGAACUGAGUCUCCAAGACCAGGAAGUGCCCACAGAGGAGGAAAGCUGAUGGCUCUUAGCCUGGCAGACCUGCUUGGCAUUUUUAGGUGGGCAGUGGUUGUGAAGGAGGUUGCUGUUCACAUCUUGGCUCUAGGAGAGGAUACUGCUGCUGCCGUGUGUGGUCUGUGCAGUCCCUCUGCACUCACACACAGCUGUGCCCACUGGGUAGUGCUGGGUGGCACUGUUUGAAUCCCUCCUACUACCAAGAAAAGGGUAUGAGGAUAUUGUAGGGAACCAGAAUACCCUUCAGACUUUUUGCCCAGGGGCAGGGUUUCCUUGAAUGAUGGGUGAUGCUGUACUGGGGAACAGGGCAGUGCAGGGUGCCCAGGGGCCAGUGUCAGUAUUGGCAAAUAAUAAUGAUAGUGUACUAAUGCAUUGACAGCUGGGACACUCCAGAAGUGCCUGGAGUUCUCGUUGGCACUGCUGGCAGGCCACUGAUAGACAAGGCACUGUCAUCUUCUCAGAGGUCCACACCACUGCUGCCCCAGAUGGGAUGCCCAACUUGGCCCAGAGGCAUUUAAAGCCUCAGCUUUCCCCUUUCUCCCUUAUAGGUUUUGUACAGGUAGUUGAGAGACACACUGUCCCCUUCCCUGCCUGGCCCCUCCGUGCACCUGUGAGCUGAGUUGCUGUGCAAUUCCAAGCCUGCUUAUAUUUUGGUGAAGAAGGAGGGGGUGUUGGUUACCCUGCCCCCUGAGGGCAGGGGUUCUGUGCAAUACCUGGGUCUGUGUUUCUUAGACACUGUUGUAGGAUUGUAUUUUUGUAACUAUGUGAGGGUGCUGGCUCCAGCCGGCCCAGGGCCUGGCACGAGCCUGUGUUCCCAUUGCUUUUCAACUUUGAUUGUUUGGAUGUUGUUGUUUCUUGCCAUUGAAAUAAAGAGAUUGAUGUUUUA